AUGAAUAAUUUGAAUGUUUUUACAAAUGAAGACAAUGAAAUGAAUGUGAUGCCCCCACCGCGAGUGUGUCCAAGGUGUUAUUCCGAUCAAACCAGAUUCAGCUACUUCAACAACAACAAGAAGUCUCAACCGCGCUACAAAUGCAAGAAUUGUUGUAGAUGUUGGACUCAUGGUGGAGUUUUAAGGAACAUACCAGUCACUGGAAUAUGUGAUAAAUCCAAUCUUCCGAAGAUAGAUCAAUCUUCGGUUUCUCAAAUGAUCUUGGCUGAGAUCCAACAAGGCAAUCAUCAACCUUUCAAAAAAUUUCAAGAAAACAUUUCAGUUAGUGUUUCUUCUUCUUCAGAUGUUUCUAUUGUUGGGAACCAUUUCGAUGAUUUGAGUGAACUUCAUGGUAUAACAAAUUCUACUCCAAUUCGAAGUUUUACAAUGGAUCGCUUAGAUUUUGGUGAAGAAUCGUUUCAACAAGAUUUAUACGAUGUUGGUUCCAAUGAUUUGAUUGGUAACCCUUUGAUAAACCAAUCAAUUGGUGGAUAUGUUGAUAAUCACAAAGAUGAACACAAGUUGCAAUUUGAAUAUGAAUCAUAA